AUGUCGGUUAUGUCGGUUCGAUUUAAGGAGCGGUUACUCUUCUAAUAUUCAUGUACAUACGUACAUUUGGCUAUCGUGCGAUUUGAUCGUGCUACUGGACUAAUUACAAUUUUUAAAAUAAAUCCUUUCAACGGAUUUUCUUUCACUUGAGUUGUUUUAAUAUUAAGUUACCAUCGUGGGGUCGUAUCUGGUAAAGUCAGUUGAAGAAACAUUUAGCGAUUAUGUUAAUUCACCUGAUCAAACGAGGGUGAACAGUAAUAUAUCGCAUCGAGAAAGCAAUAGCAGAACAAUUGAAAAAUCUGUUUCCAAGUUUAUAGAAACGAGAAGAAUUUCUAUAAACUUGAUGGAUAACUUAGAUGCACCACAGUGGGCAGAUUUUAUAGCUCCCAGUCCACAAAUUUCUCUGGAUGACUACUUUUUGCGAAAACAUGUUGAUCAUGAAUAUAGAGAAAAAUUUGAUUCCGUGGAUUCUGUUUCACCGGAUAUACCAACAGAACAAUUUAAUCUUAGUAAGCAAUCAUCAAACGAAAGUCUUAUUCAAAAGACGCCAAUGCGAAUAAAAUGUGGACAAGGAAACAAGAUUUUAAGUUCAAAGAAAAACAUUGUCAAAGAAACAACUUAUGAAAAUGUAUUGUUGGAAGCAAUGAGUAAUUUGCAAUUAUCGUUCAAAAAACAAUUAGGUGAAAAAUCUUUUAAUAAAUCAUGUUUAGUAGAUUCACCUGCAUUUAAAACACCAAUAAAAAGAAUUACUAGAUCAAUGUGUGCACAGGCUAACAUGACACCAAAGUAUUGUAUAUCCAUGCAUGAAAAAUCAACUAAAAACAAUGACCAUGAUCAAAUACAAAAUAAUAAGGAAAAUAUUAAUAUUGAAAAAUAUCAAAAUCCAACAAAUGAACAAAUAAAUUCAUCGCAGAUAAAUCUUGAAGUUACGUCAACUAGUACAGAGCAUGAAGUUUCUGAUGAAAAGCUCAAAUCAGAAGCGGAACCAAGAUUAGAACAAGAAGAAGGUCUUACCAUGGAAAAUGAAAAUAGUUUAAAUCAGCUACCAAUGAGCAAAGUUGUUACUUCUUUUUCUAAUCAUUUACUUGAUUCAGGAAAUAGUUCAAAGAAAAAGGUGACUACGUUAACUGGAACUGCAUGGCACAGACAAGUAAAACGUCGUAUGAGCAUUACAAACCAACGUCGAUUAAGUAUUAAUAAAUCCAUAAUUAAAAAUAAAUAUGUUAGUAUGGCAGAAGCUGUUACAAAAUUCCAUAGAGCUACACCACAACGAUUCCAUUCAACUACUAUUAAAGCUACAAAAACGGAGCAAUUGAGAAGAAUGUCAUUUAAAUUAACACGAGCGACAUCACCAGCUCUUAUGUGCAAAAACAGAUCAAGACCUGUUACAGCAAUAAGCAGAGAGGAACAAGAAAGAAUAGAAUUGGCAAAAAUACGUCAAAAUCAAAUAAAAGCUAAUCCAGUGCGGAAAAACAUUUUGAUUAAGCCCGCCCCUUUGAAAAAAGUUGAGAAAAAAAUGGUUACUCAUCCAGAACCAUUCCACUUAACUGAAGUAAAAAAAUGGCAACCUAUUAAAAAAACUGAACAAAUCCAGGAGACUAAGCGUAUUCAUCGAACCAAGACUGUACCUUCCAUUGUCAGUACCAAUGACAAAGGAAUUAUUGUUAAGGAUGAAGAAGUCUUACAUUUUGGUAUUCCAUUGGAGCCAUGCAAAACAAAGAAGAAAAAUACAAAAGUUAUGCCAUUCAGCUUUGAAGCUCGUAACAGAGAGUUACACAUAAAAAAGCAAGAAAAAUUGAAAUUGAUGUUAGAAAUGGAACAGCAAAAGAAUAAAACAGAGUUCCAUGCACGGCCAGUGCCAGCAACCAUAAAAACACCACUUCUUAAUAGGCAAAUUCAAAAUGAAAAUUCCUUGAAUAAGCCAAAAAUUACAAUAGCUCGAUCACUGAGUUUUGAAGAAAGGCAUAAACAAUUACAAUUGAAAAAGGAAGAAAAAAUCAAACAGCUAUUGGAGGAAGAAAAAAAGGCACGUACCUUCAAAGCCCAAAAAGUUCCCGAAUUUAAACCAGUAUUAAUCAAGGGAAGAUCGAGGGAUAAUUUGUUAAAAAAAUCACAGGAGAAUCUAUCAUGGAAAUCCGGCAAUGUAAGUGGUAACAGUAAAGCGGCUAACAAUUCAUUAAAAAAGUCGCGAGAGAACUUAACGUUGAAACAAAAGAAUUUUAUUAAGCAGCCAAUGUCGAUUCCAUUCGUAGUACCCAAGAAGACCAGUCGGUCGCCAGUAGAUCCUGAGAAUCAAGAAAACCGAAAUCACGGUGCCGUGCCUAAAAUUCUCGAGCCCAAAUGCAAAUUAUCGCAAAAAAGUAUUUCCGUUUUAACAGAGCUCAAUACAGAUAAACGGGCCAAACAACGAAAGGAGUUUGAUGAGCAAAUUAAAAAAAAAGAAAUAGCAGACAAUGAGAUGAGAAAAAGAGAGGAAGAGGAGAGACUUGCAAAGGAAAAAGCUCAGAAAAUGGAGUUAAGAAAAAUGACGGAAAUCAAAGCAAGACCAAUGCCCAUUUAUAAAUUGUUGAACAUUACUAAAUCAAAUAAACCGCUGACCGAUGCUCAUAGUCCGAUAUGGGCGAAACGGAAAGGAUCGACGCAUUGACAAUCAGAGAUUUUUCCACUCUGUUUUUAUUAGCUUUUAACGAAAGAAACAUAUGUAUGUUACGCAACGUAUAAUUCAUGUUACGUAAAAUAUACUCAAUAUAAAGAAGGUAUAGCUUUGAUUUCUAAUAUAGAUAUGUAUUAUUUAAAUAUAUGAAACUUUUCAUUAUAAA